AUGGAAAAUCCACAAGUUCGCAAGAGCGUAAAACGGCCUAUUGAGCUCACGGCUCAGGCUGAUAACACGCGAGGAGCCUCAGUCAUGUCGUCCAUCCUCAAGCCACCCGCGUCGUGCGCGAAGGACUUUGGCGGCCGCAGCGUUGAGGACGUGUUUGGCGUCAGCUUCGCGCCGGGCGCUGCGCAGGGCAACGGCAGCGGCAAUGGCAUAAUGGAGAGGCGCGCGCGCGCCAGUGCCAGCGUUGCCCAGGUGCACUGGGCGCGGCUGGCCGACGGCCGCGAGGUCGCCAUCAAGAUCCAGAAGCGGGAGAUUGCGAGCCAGAUCGCCUGGGACCUGUGGGCGUUCAAGACGGUCUCGUGGAUCUACAGCAAGUGGUUCGACCUGCCACUGUACAGCCUCGUGCCCUUUAUCACCGAGCGGCUCGAGCUCGAGACGGAUUUCGAGAAUGAGGCACGCAACUCCGAGACCAUGCGCAAGCUCGUCGAGAGCGAGAAGAGACUGCGCGGCCGUGUCUACGUCCCCGUCGUCUAUCCCGAGCUGUCUUCAAGACGCGUCAUGACGACCGAGUGGAUCGAGGGCGUCAGGCUGUGGGACAAGGAGGGCAUCACGGGCACCUGGCGUGGUGGAUAUGGCAAGGGCUCGCCCGGCGUCAACGGCGCCCAGCUUCCGCCGCCGACCCAGAAGGACCUCGCGCGCCGUCAGGUCCGAGGCCAGGGCUAUAACGAGCAGCUGAAGCCGGAGCGCCUCGAGUGGAAGGGCCCGCGGGGUAAGGGUGGCCUCGGCGUCUCGACCAAGGAUGUCAUGACGACCAUGAUUGAUCUCUUCUCCGCACAAAUCUUCAAAUGGGGUGUCGUACACUGUGACCCGCACCCCGGUAACAUCUUCAUUCGACGCAAGCCCAACGGCCGCGCUGAACUGGUGCUCAUCGACCACGGCCUCUACGUGUACAUGGACCCCAAGUUCCGUCAGCAGUAUGGCCAAUUCUGGAAAGCGCUCCUGACUUUCGACAACGCGACCAUCAGCCGGGUGACGGAAGACUGGGGUAUCAAGGCGGCUGAUAUCUUUGCCAGCGCCACGCUGCUGCGUCCCUAUGAAGGUGGUGACCAGCGGACUCGCAGCGGUCUCAUGAAGGGUUUGGAGGGGGCGACGCCGGCCGAGCGCCAUUACGAGAUGCAGAGGAGGAUGAAGCAGGGAGUGCGUGAGAUCUUGGGUGAUGGUGACAAGCUACCCAAGGAGCUCAUGUUCAUCGGACGCAACAUGCGCAUCGUCCAGGGCAACAAUCAACAUUUGGGAUCCCCGGUGAAUCGCAUCAAGAUGAUGGGCGAGUGGGCGAGUCGCAGCAUGUUUGAGGACAAGAGGCUUCCCCUCGGACAACGAUUCAACAACGCCUGGCGCCAUGUUCUGUUCAAAAUGGUCAUGGCGACAACAGAUGUCGCCUUUUACUUCUUCAAGCUACGUCAGUGGCUAGGUCGUGGCGGUGGCAUGGAGGAUGAGAUGGAGAAGAGGAUGAAGGAUAUUGCCCAGGACAUGGGCAUUGAGCUUCAGCACGAGGUGUUUGAUGGAUAG